CAGGCAGAGCUGGGCGUAGCAGAGCUGAUCACAAAGUUUCACCCCGGAAGCAACAGGUAACUUGUACAGAAGACACAAGGAGAAGACAUGUAACAGAGGCAGAUCUGGGCUUCUCAGCAGAUAAGAUCCCCUCCACCACCCCCUGAAUGUGAAAGAGGAGAAUGGCUGUAACACAAGAAGUUGUGCUGAACUUUCUACUGGAACAGGGAGGAAAGGUGAAGAACUCAGAACUGAUCCGAAAGUUCAAGCCUGUGGUGGAGUCUCCUGACCCUCAAGAAAAGGCAAACAACCGGGAGCUCUUUAAGAGGUUUGUGAAUAACAUAGCAGUGGUGAAAGAUGAGGGGGGCACAAAGAUGGUUGUACUGAAGAAGAAGUAUACCUAUUUACUGACAGAGAAGGUGACAUCAGGUGCAGCAGUGGAGGAAGAACAUGGGGAAAUAGCCAGCUCCAGCAAAGAAGAACAAACAGAGCUUGUACCUUUGGGUGGCAGUGACAACAUAGAGGAGAUAGCACCCAGCUCCCAGGAGACAAGGACUUCACUGCAGGAUGAAUCUGACCCAGAUCCCAGACUGCCAGAGCCACAAGAUGCAGGCUCUGCUGAAACCACCCCUGAAACAACUGACCAGUCUCAAGUAGGACACUUAAAUGAGGAGCCUACAGAAGAAGAGAAUGAAGAUAAAAGGGAGUCUGUGUUUGACAUUGUGUCUAGAAUGGACAAUGCUGGACCAGUUCCUUUUCCCAAGGCAUGGUCUGAUGCCCAGACUAAAGACCAGGUUCAGAAGCCACACAUGCUGCCAUUACGUUAUGCCCAAUCUUCAUUUGAAGAAACGAACCAGAGUGGAUACCAUCCACUCCAACCAACUGUCCAGCCUAAUGCUAUUCAGGAGUCCUCAUUUACUAAAUCCCCCAAGGUGACCAGCAGACAGCUUGAUGAUACAGGCUCCAAGUCUCCCCACAUCAAGAGGUCAGCUAAAAUGAUCAAAGUAAGUGAGGAGACCAAAUAUUCAGAUGAGGUACACCUGGAGUUAUCUGAACACGAGUGGUUAGUUAAUUCCACUAAUGGACGAUGGAAUCAUAAACUCCUUGAACUUAGUAGGAAUGAUAGUGAAUUGGCUGGUAAGAGAGACUUUAUAUCUGGAUUUACUGCACUGCACUGGGCAGCCAAGAGUGGCAACACAGAGAUGGUGAAAUUAUUGUUUGAUCUACGUUGCAAAAAUGGCAGUAACAUUAAUGUGAAUGCAAGAUCUUUUGGUGGGUAUACACCACUGCAUAUAGCUGCUAUACAUGAGUGUAAAGAUGUCAUACUUAUGUUAACUAGAGAUUAUAAAGCAAAUGUCAACAUCCGAGAUAACAGUGGGAAAAAGCCAUACCAUUACCUAAAGAAAAGCUCCCCUGUACAGCUCAAGUUUAUUUUACAAGAUCCAGCUACUUUAAAUGUAGAACAUACUAUCCCAAUGAAAAGAAACUCCAAGGUUGCUGCCUCCAUAUUGGGAACCACCAGUGCCUUCCUUGGUGUCCUUUCUGAUGACAUUGCGUUUCAUGACUUGGCAAAAGGACUGAAAAAGCCAGGAACAUUAAAUAAGUUCUUUACUGCACCCUCUGGGGUGAAAAAGAAGCUGAAGGCAAGGGACAGCUAUCCGUCCAUCUCUUCUCUUUGUGAAGAACCAGAAGAACCUGAAGAAAUUGUGGGAAAGCGCAGACCUGUUUCUGAGUUUUUUAGCCAUUAGCUUACUAUUGAGUCAGUAGCUAACACCUUGCACUGAUGCUGGAUUAACUGCAUAAUCGUAACUCUGCUUUGGGUAUGAGGUUGUUUACUAUGUGGGUUCAGUUUUCAAAAUGUAUUUCACAAUAAUCUAUCAAUCAUUGUUUAACAUAAUUAUGACUACUAGGACAUUCUUCUUGUGAUAUCCCUGUAUGUUUGUUUUUGUUUUAUGUCAGCCACUUAAUGGUAUGUAGCUGCGUAGGUCAGAAGCCAGGUAACCGUUUAAAAUGUGCUGGUGGUAUUUAUGAUUUUUGUUGUUGUUGUGUUCUAUUGAUAUCGAUGAUGAUGAUGAUUAUUGGCAGUUCAUUGAAAAAAUACACGUUUCCUGAAAUGGU